GAGAAAAAAUGAGAAACUGAGCCGGUUUUUUUUUUCUCUAUGAGAGAUAAAUGUGUGAGACAUUUGAUUUCAGUAGGAGAAUAAGGUUGAAAGACUCAAACAUUUUAAACAUUGAAGAGUUUGUAGCGAGAUGAUCAAGUCGCAACAUGAAAAGAUUCUGUCGAAGCUUAUCAAGUCAUUUGAAGAGAAAAAUGUGAAGGAGUUUGUAUUCUAUCUUGAGAAAUACUCAUUAAGUAGUGAUGUGCCUCUAAACAGCUUAGGAAUUGACUUGACAAUUACUGAGUAUGUUCUUCAAACGCCUGAUUCAUCAAGAUUUAUAGACAUUUGCUUGGAUUAUAGUUCAUCACUGUACAAGAAAAAUACUCAUGGACGUUACUUGCUAUUUUACGCGGUUCAAUCAUCAUCUUCAGUAAAUGUAGAAUCAUUUUUAAAACAUCUGGCUAUUCAGUCAAACCAUAAUCCUGCACACAAAUCAGUAAAUGAUUUAAUAUUGAAAUGUGAGGCAAAAAAUGAAAAUAAUUGUCUACACGACGUGAUGUACAAGAUGACACUCGAAAAUUACAAAGAAUGUGCAAAAAUCAUCGAGAUGCUAUUGUCAUUUGGAUGUAAUCCAAAUCAUUUAAAUCAUGAAUUUAAAAGUCCAUUUGAAAUGUUAUUAGAGAAACUCGAUGGGAAUUUCCCAAAACAAGAAGUGCUUCACGCGUUUACAAAUGCUACUCUAGAGAUAAGUGACUCAUCAAAUUACCGAGCAAAAGUUUCAACUUUAAGCGCGCUGAAUGUAAAAUAUCGUAACAAGAAUAAUUAUAGCUCAGACGAUUUACUCGAACUGGUCAAACGAGGAAACGAGAAUGAAUUUGUUGCGGCUUUACAAAAUACAGCAACAGAAGAAAUGGCAAAAUGCUUUUGUGAGCUUAUAAAAUCAUCGAUUAACAUGAAUUUUGCAAAUGGAGUUGUUGUUAUGUUAGAAUUAGCUCAACAGUCUAAGACGACUGAAUACAUUGUACAUGAAAUGCAAUCAUUGAUACCAGAAGACAUCACAAACGUAAUGAUUGGUGAUAAAACUCCUUUAUUUCAUGCAUUAUCACUUUGCCGGUAUGAAGUUGUUGCUGAGUUGCUAAAAUUUGAGUCAAUUAGUUUUAAAAAUGGAGGAAAGUGCUCUAAUGUCCUUCAUGAAAUUUGUUCCUUACAAGAAGUUGAUAGUGAUGAAGAUUUACAAAAGUGUUUUGAAUUGAUUCUCAAAGAUGCAAGGUGCGAUGACCACAUAAUUAACGCUUUUGAUAGCAACAACAAGACACCGCUCAUGUAUGCGUGUGAAAAUCAUCACAAAGAGCUAGAACGUGAGUUAAUAAGAAGAGAUGCUUACAUUGGACACGAGGCUAUAAUUCAAAAUUUAAAUGAAAAUAUUUUUAUCGAACAACUAAAUGAAUCGAUGGUUCCAUCAGCUGAUUUGAAUGAUCACCAGUGUAUAGUGCAAAUAAAUUAUAAAUUUUUGAUCCCGCCAAAAUUUUCUGAAAAUCGGAACCAAGAAAUGAAAGCUUUAUUUUUAAUAGGAUCGCAACCGAGAUUUAAAAAUAUUUUGACACAUCCAGUGCUUACAUCAUUUCUUGAAUUAAAAUGGAAACGAGUGAAUACAUUGAUGUAUGGAACAUUAGCUAUCUACUUCUUAUUCUUCGUCUACUUAACACUAUUCAUAUUAAAUUUUUUCAAUAACAGCAUUUACAAUCCAUCAUCUUAUACAGUAGAUUCAAGAUUUGGUGAGGAUGAUGAGCCAUUGAGGAACUACCAAAUAUUAAAAGUUCUACUUGGAAGGUCAAAAAGGGAUAUACACGAAGAAGACGUAAAACACGCAGAAAUGGUUUUAAGCAUGACAGAAUACAUAAAAUCCCAUAAAUUGUCUUACACAUUGAGCUUAAUUGGUACACUUGUACUGACUAUAUGUGAAAUCGUUCAAUUGAUUUACACAUGGAGGCAGUACUUUUUCAAAUUAAGCAAUUGGGUCGACUGUGCUUUAUUAUUUUUGUCAUACAUUGUACUUUUAAGAAGUUUUGGAAGCAUCGAGACAUUGCUUCAACUAAGAGCUGUACUUUUUCUAUUAAUCGCAAUUCAGAGCUUUAUAAUUAUUGCAAGAGUAUCAAAGCUGUCACUCCAACUGGAAAUCUUCAAAAAAGUAUCUAAAACAUUUCUUAAAUUCAUCAUGCUUUACUUUAUGCUAAUUUUUGCAUUUGCUAUGGCAUUUUACACACUUUAUGGUGGUCAGAAGUUAGAGUUUGACAAAGAUAUUCUAAGAUCAGAUAACGAUAACAAAGCUCCUGAAAAGGAAGAAGACGACAAUUCAUUCACAGAUAUUUUAAUGUCUACAAUCACUGUCAUUAGGAUGAUGCUCUCAGAUUUCGAAGCAGUCAAACUUCAACCAGACAAUCAUUUCAAUUCCUUCAUAUUUCUCACAUUUGUCCUGUUAAUUACCAUUGUAUUAUUCAACUUACUUAAUGCAUUAGCAAUUAAUGAUACACAAGAAAUGAUGAAAUUCGCAGAGAAUGUUGAUGUGCGAAAAAGAAUCAGAAUGAUUAACACAUGUGAAAAAGUCUUACAGUUCUUGGGAAUUGAAUUUUUCAACAUCUAUUCAAAUCAAUUUAAAUGUGGUCGAAUAUUCUUAACUAUUAAUCAGGAUAAUUAUGUAAGGAUUAAGAAGAAAGUUGAUGUUGAUGGCAGAAUGGUCUUUAAAUAUUGUGAAGUGUCUAAAAUUCAAAUCGAUCAAAGUAACGAAACCAAAGCUUUAGAAAGUGAACAAGAAUACAGAACAGAUGAAAGCAGCUUCAUAUCUCAAAUUUAUGCUUUUUUGCCACUGAUAGUUCUUCAAUACCUACAAAACUUUAAACUCAAGCUGUCGGCAACAACAGUUGAAAAGAUUGUUGAGUAUCUAAAGGAAUUGGAAGAAUAUGAACAGAAGUGAGAUCAAAAAGUGUGACAAAUCAAUUGACUCUUUGAACUGA